AUUUAAAAUGCUCAACGGACGAGUGCUCCUUCGAUCGAUUGCUCGCCGGACAAUGGCAUCGAAAAUUGAGCCAGGAUCUCCGCAGCCGAUUUAUUUGGAUGUUCAGGCUACCGCGCCAAUGGAUCCUCGAGUAGUCGACGCAAUGCUUCCCUAUAUGAUCAAUGAUUUCGGAAAUCCUCAUUCAAGAACUCAUUCAUACGGAUGGAAAGCUGAAGAAGGCGUUGAACAAGCGAGAGAACAUGUUGCAAAUCUUAUAAAGGCAGAUCCUCGUGACAUCAUCUUCACUUCUGGAGCCACUGAAUCAAAUAAUUUGGCGAUUAAAGGAGUUGCAAAGUUUCGAAAACAAUCUGGAAAGAAUCAUAUUAUCACGCUGCAAACUGAGCACAAAUGCGUUCUCGACUCGUGUCGAUAUUUGGAAAAUGAAGGAUUUAAAGUGACAUAUUUACCAGUUGAUAAGGGAGGAAUGGUUGAUAUGGAGCAACUUACUCAAUCGAUUACCGCGGAAACAUGUCUUGUGUCUAUUAUGUUUGUCAAUAAUGAAAUUGGAGUUAUGCAGCCGAUCAAGCAAAUUGGUGAACUAUGCCGUUCAAAAGGUGUAUACUUUCACACAGAUGCCGCACAAGCUACUGGAAAAGUUCCAAUUGAUGUAAAUGAAAUGAAAAUUGAUUUAAUGUCAAUUUCUGCGCAUAAAAUCUACGGACCAAAAGGUGCCGGAGCCCUUUACGUUCGUCGUCGUCCACGUGUUCGUAUUGAAGCUCAAAUGUCUGGUGGAGGACAGGAAAGAGGAUUACGAUCUGGUACUGUAGCUGCUCCAUUGUGCAUUGGACUUGGGGAAGCUGCUAAAAUUGCUGAUAAGGAGAUGGCAAUGGAUAAAGCUCAUGUUGAACGAUUAUCUCAAAUGCUUAUCAACGGAAUCAGUGAUAAAUUGCCACAUAUUAUCAGAAAUGGAGAUGCUAGGCAUGCUUAUCCCGGUUGUGUCAAUCUCUCAUUUGCAUAUGUUGAAGGUGAGUCCCUUCUGAUGGCUCUAAAAUCGAUUGCUCUUUCUUCUGGAAGUGCUUGUACAUCUGCUUCAUUGGAACCUUCAUACGUACUUCGUGCAAUCGGAUCCGAAGAAGACUUGGCUCAUUCUUCGAUUCGAUUCGGAUUGGGAAGAUUUACAACUGACGAGGAGGUGAAGCAUACAAUUGAUCUAUGCAUUCGUGAAACAAAUCGGCUCCGUGAUUUGAGUCCUCUCUGGGAAAUGGUUCAAGAGGGUAUCGAUUUGAAGAGUAUUCAAUGGACCCAACAUUAAAUAUUUCUAAAUUUUAAAAAUUUGAAUUUUCUCGUUUAGCUUUUUUUGUUUGUUUUGUGUCUCAUUAUUUAUCUAGUUGCCAAAAAAUAUAUUUUUUUGUUUGAUAUUUAUAUAUUUUUCAAGUAAAUUAGUUGUUGAAA